ACCGAGUAAUUAAUACGGAGCUACCUGUAACACGGUGCGAAGCGGGGCGAAGGCGGUUGAGGUACGAGGCAACCCUGCCUACGUUUAGACUUUAGUGGGCCGUGCGCCGCGCGACAGGGUUCACGUACGUCACGUGACGCGACACGUAAUAUAACAACGGCGAACUUCCAUAGAGUUAAAUUUUAUUUUUAGAACUGUAAUUUGUAGUUGUUAGUGUGUGUGAGGACUGAAGUGGCUCUGGUUACGGAAACUUUUUUAGGUGCCGACGGCGUGGGUAAAACACUCCUGAAUAAUUCAAAGCGAUAUUAACCGAGUCCCGCACGACUUGUGCGUGAUACAAAACUGUGCGGUACUUAAUGUUAAGAAGAUUACAUAUUAUUCUAACAUACUCGAGUUUGAUACAGAAAAUCCGGUGUGGUUCAUGAAGUAUUUAGGUAAUUAAAGUUUAAUCUAGUUACUAAUUAAAAGCCUGCGUAUGAUUGGAAAUUAAUGUUUAAAAUAAUUAAGUAAAAAAGAGUUUAGUCAUGAGUCAUGAGUAUAAUACAAAAGUUAAUUAAUCGCAAAGUUGCCGAGAUAAGCGAAAUCCAGAUGUUUUAGUUAGUUCGUGUGUAAAUAAAAUAGGUACAUAACAUAUAGUGUAAGACAGAACAGAACAGCGUCUAAAACAUGCAGUUAAAAUAACAGAUGGGCACAUAAAUGAUAUUAUUUAAAAAUUUAAUAGGUAUAUAAUAAGUACGAGUAUAAGUGUUGUUAUAAAUAGUACCAAAAACGAUAGUGUACCAAUGAUACAAAAGAACAAAUAAAACAAAAUGCCGCUAAAACAAAAUGGCCGCGUGCCCAGGAUAAACAAGAUGGCGGAUUAGUGUGUGCAGUGAAGAUGGGCGUUUUGAGGACGUUGUGCCGCCACGUGGUGCUGAUAGUGGCGUCGGCGGCGCUCGUGCUCGGGACGGGAGAGUGGAGCGAGGAUGCUGAGGAUCUCGUAUCCACGGUGGAUGUGGACGCGGUAUUGGGCCGUACGGCGUCACUACCGUGCGACGUUUCGCCGGACGCCGGAGAAGACCGAGUGUACAUGGUGCUCUGGUUCAGAAAGGCUGGCGGGAAGCCUAUAUACAGCUUCGACGUUCGCGGCCGCUCGUUCAACAAGGCCCUCCAAUGGUCGGAUCCGCACAGCUUCGGGCCGCGCGCGUAUUUCGCCACAGUGGCGCGGCCUGCGGCGCUUACGCUCAGCUCCGUUCAACUAGAUGACGAGGGGACCUAUCGCUGUCGUGUCGACUUCAAGAACUCCCCUACCAGAAAUUUCCAGAUACGCCUCACUGUCAUAGUGCCUCCGCAUCAGAUGCUGUUAUACGACAAGUCGGGGGCAGACGUAUCAGGGGUCGUGGGACCUUUAGAAGAGGGCUCAGCCUUAGUACUGGUCUGCGAAGUUAGGGGUGGUCGCCCAGAACCAGUAGUAUCCUGGCUGAUCGACGGCCUGCCAGCCCCGCAGUACAUCGGUGUGAAGACCGACACACACGUGGUCGUGAACAGACUUGAACUUCAGCAUCUAAAGCGGGAAGACUUGAAUACCACGUUCAAGUGCCGCGCGGCGAACACGCAUCUUGUCCCGCCGCAGGAGAAGGUUGUUAGGCUGGAAAUGAAUCUAUCCCCGAUCUCCGUGUCGCUCGUUAAUCGACCGCAGCAGCUGAUCGCCGGAGCAGCCUCGACGUUGCGAUGCGUCGCCGAGGGCAGCCGACCGCCGGCGCAGAUCACCUGGUUCAAGGACAAUAGGAGUCUUGAAAGAGAAAAGGUAAGCGACCACUCGAACGAGACGUGGUCGGCGAGCACAUUGGUGUUCACACCGACGCCGCUGGACAACGGCGCGGUGAUCAAAUGCAUAGCGGCCAACCCGGCGUUGCCAAGGAAGGCGAUCGAUGACCACGUGCAGCUCAACAUUGUAUACAGUCCGCUGGUUACCCUUACGCUGGGCAGCACGCUCAACCCCCACGACAUAAAGGAGGGGGACGACGUCUACUUCGAGUGCAACGUCAAAGCCAACCCGAGAGAGCAUAGGAUCACGUGGUUUCAUGACGACAGACCGGUGUCGCAAAACAUGACAUCUGGCAUCAUCGUCAGCACCCGCUCCCUGGUUCUGCAGAAAGUGACCCGGCAAGAGGCGGGCGCGUACGCUUGCAAAGCUGCCAACGCCAGAGGGGAGACCUCGAGCGAAGUCGUCCGGUUACGGGUGCAGUACGCGCCAGUAUGCGCAGAGUCGUCGCCGCAAGUGGUGGGCGCGGCGUUGGACGAGGCUUUGCACGUGCGCUGCUCCGUGCACGCGGACCCCGCUGAUGUAAACUUUCUGUGGGAGUUCAAUAAUAGUGGCGAGAGCUUCAACGUGUCUCCUGCAAGAUAUGGUACAGUGAACAGUAGUAUAAGUGAGCUGCGAUACACGCCGGCAAGCGAGAGGGACUACGGCGCCCUGACGUGCCGGGGUACCAACAGCGUCGGUAUCCAAGCCAAACCCUGUGUCUUCCAAAUUGUGCCAGCAGCAAAACCCUCGCCACCUCGCAACUGCACCGUUUCCACCGGCAACGGUUCGAACUGGAUCGAAGACACUAGCCAAGACGUCGGCGACAGUCUUGUGAUCCGCUGCGUGGCGGGGUAUGAUGGAGGAUUACCGCAGCUUGUGGUCUUGGAGGCCGUGGACAUCGGCAGUGGCCAGUCGCGAUUCGUCGUUACGGCUAAUGAGACUGAUGGCGUGGCGAUAUUCCUGGUGCCAAUCGGGGCGCUGUGGUCAAUCGGUGGUAGCUUGCAACUGACAGUCCACUCCAGGAAUGACAAGGGGAACUCUGAUCGGAUCACCCUGCAUUCACUCGCUUACCGUGAUCCUGAGAGAAGAACCGAUGGAGCUAACAGUAUCAUGGCGGGAGUGUCCGCUACUACGUUCUGGGCGAUCGCGCUCACUUUGGUCGUCGGGACAUGCGCUGCCAUCUUCAUCGCCUUUUUGCUGCGGAGGAAAAAGGCAGCAUUACCAACGAAGCAACAGUCCCCCGAGCUGCAAUUAAACGCGGGCGACGGGCAAUACGUGGUCGCGUACACGCUGAAACCGCCCAAACAGGCGCAGCCGGAUAUAUUGAAUCCACCGCCCGACGGCGAUUCGCUUCCAAAGCGAUGUCCGGAGGCGGUGAAGAACGGUGCCCUGCGGGACGAGUGGCCGACGGGCGAGCGCGCGAGCGUCACGCAAGAUGAGCCACGCACGUUGGUUUCACCAAUAGCAGCAUCUACCAAAUCUGGUACCACAACGCUCAGUAGGCGAGAACAUCUCAUAGCAGAAGAAAUACCAGGUCCAGAAAGUUGUGUAUAGACAAUUAGGUAUUAAAGGACCGGCCACAAAUACUUGACGCAGCGUUUACGCAGCGACAAUCAAUCAAAUUUUGUUUGUUAUAAGUAAAAAUACAGUUUUACUUGUAAUAAGUCACAACAAUAGAUAUAAAAAUAAUAAAACUAGAUAUAAAUAACAAGUAAAACAAACAAACAGAAGACAAAAAAUAACAGUAGGUAUACAAUUUCAUUAUGAGUGAAUAAUGUCAGGUUUAUUUAAUACAUAAGAAAACUAUUCGUCGAGUGAAUAAUAUGGCCUAUUUAAUAUAUAUAUCUUUCACUUUCAUGUCAAAUAAGUUCACAUCUUCGUUUGACGUACAGAUGUAUAUUCGUUGCGCUAUUGUCGAUUCUGUGUACGAAAUGUUGCGUCAAAAUCUUGUGGUCGAUCCCUAAUAGCGAAUAUUUUUAACGAAUUUUGUACAUAGUAGGAAAUGUAGGUAUGUAAUGACUGUCAAAUUGUGAUAAAGAUGAUGUACAUAUUGUAAAAUGAAGGUAUAAAGGAGGAUUAAAAGUGAAGCCGGGC